AUGGCCAAAGUGCGCAUACCUAAACAAAAGGUAAUACUUUGCGGUGAUUAUGGUGUCGGCAAGAGUUCCUUGUUUCGCCGCUUUGCCAACAACUCCUUUGUGACUGAAACAGACCGAAAAUCCACUCUGGGAUUGGAUCACAUCGAUCGGGAUUAUAGUGUGGGCGACAAACAAAUAAAGCUGCAACUAUGGGACACUGGCGGCAUGGAACGUGUGGCUUCAGUUACGUCGUCUUAUUAUAAAUUUGCUGAAGGGGCCAUAUUGGUGUUCGCCUUGGACAAUGCCGCCUCAUUUCAUUCACUGUCGCAGCAUUUGCUGGAUAUUGUUACCUAUGCGGAGAAUGCCAAAAUCUUCAUCUGUGGCAAUAAAUCCGACCUCGGUGGCCGCGAACCGGAGGUCAGUGACGAGGAGGUCGAAGCAUUUUGUGAGCAAUGCCACACGCUAAUUAGCGCCACUUACAAGACAUCCUGUCGCACGGGUCAGGGCAUCGAGGAGAUGUUUCAUGAUAUUUCGCGGCAGCUAGUCCAUGCCAAUCGCUCCAAAAUGGAAUUGCAGGCUUUGGAGCAAAAGAGCUUCCAAAUCGAUAAGGAGCACAGCGAUUUGGAGGGUGUCAACGAGGAAGCCUCAUCCUGUAGUUGCUAG